CCACUCAUCAUCCACCUACCACACACACGAGGGACGGGUCGAGGCUGAGGGCCUUGGCGAAGUCCAUCUCGGCCUCUUCCAACUUGCCCAGUCGACCGUACACGCGACCACGACGCAACAAACCCUGAACACACCAACCAACCAACACACACACACAGACAGAUGGAUUUCACGCGCGGACGUCGUCGUCUGCUCACCUUGAUGUGUGUGCCGUUUUCGCUGAGAAGCAGGGUGGCGGCGUUGAUGGCGCUCUCGUCGUCUCGCAGGUGGUCGUAAGCCAGUGUCAGGUUGGCCAGCAGGGCCUCGCGCACCCCACGCACGAGCGGAUGGUAUCGAACAGGGUCGGUCCUCCUGAGCCCCUCUCUGUAGCUCGGGACUGCGAGGAAGUUCUUGCCUUGUUUCAUCUCGUUGUUGCCGUCAUCCUUGCAAUACGUUGCACUGAACAACAGCAGCCACACACACACAGCGACAACAACGGCACACCCACGGACAAGUGGCACGACCCACGCACGGGUGCCUCUCUGAUCCCGCGUACUAAGAGACGAUGGCCUGGACUUCCUGGAGAUCAUGCGCAGGCGGCGCCUGCUCGUGGACGGCGGCGUGAGGGGAAGAAGGGCUGAGGAACCGGAGUUCCGCCUCCGCCUGAAAGAGUUCAUCAAGCUUGGCACGGUCCGACUCUGGCUGGGACGACAUUGGCUGGUCCGAAGCAGCUUCGG